AUGGAGCGAGCUACUGUUCGGCUGCUGAGCGGCGGAGCGCUGCUACGAAGAAACUUCCCAAGCUGCCUGUCUUCCUGGAAAACUCCUCCUCACGCCCUAAGUUCUUCUCAGCCGGAAGCUCAGCUCAAAGCAGCAACCAAUGGACUACCUCUUGCCCCUCUGCAAACAUUUACCGAUGAGGAGAUGAUGAUAAAGAGCACAGUUAAAAAAUUCGCCCAGGAACAAGUUGCUCCUUUUGUUUCAAAAAUGGAUGAAGAUUCAAAAAUGGAAAAAUCCAUAAUACAAGGAUUAUUUCAACAAGGGUUGAUGGGUAUUGAAAUUGACACAAAAUAUGGAGGAACGGGAGCUUCAUUUUUUUCCUCUGUCCUAGUGAUAGAGGAGUUAGCCAAAGUUGAUGCAUCUGUGGCUCUGGUAUGUGACAUUCAGAACACAUUAAUUAACAGGAUGAUUGGAAAAUAUGGAACAGAAGAACAGAAGGCUACCUAUUUGCCCAAGCUAGCUACAGAAAAGGCAUCAAGUAUCUGCAUUUCAGAGGCUGGAGCAGGUAGCGAUUCAUUUGCUAUGAAGACCAGAGCUGAUAAAAAGGGAGAUUAUUACAUCAUCAACGGGUCAAAGAUGUGGAUUAGCAGCGCUGAGAUUGCUGGGCUGUUCGUGGUGAUGGCAAAUGCAGACUUUUCUGCUGGGUAUAAAGGAAUUACCUGCUUCUUGGUCGAUGGUGGUUCCGAGGGCCUUCAUAUAGGGAAACCAGAGAACAAAUUGGGAAUCAGAGCAUCUUCCACCUGCCCAAUCACAUUUGAAAAUGUCAAGGUUCCAAAAACAAAUAUCCUGGGACAAGUUGGACAUGGCUAUAAGUACGCCAUCGGGAGUCUUAAUGAAGGCAGAAUAGGAAUCGCUGCACAGAUGCUGGGACUGGCUCAAGGCUGUUUUGACUACACUAUUCCAUAUAUUAAAGAAAGGCAACAAUUUGGCAGAAGCGUAUUUGCUUUUCAGGGGCUCCAGCACCAAGUGGCUCACAUGGCCACCCAGCUGGAAGCUGCACGCUUACUCACAUACAAUGCUGCGAGGCUCUUAGAAGCUGGAAGGCCAAUCGUCAAAGAAGCAUCUAUGGCCAAAUACCAUGCAUCAGAGCUUGCAGGCCUCAUUACCAGCAAGUGUAUCGAGUGGAUGGGAGGAGUGGGCUACACCAAAAGUUACCCUGUGGAAAAAUAUUUCCGAGAUGCGAAGAUUGGCACAAUUUAUGAAGGAACUUCAAAUAUCCAGCUGAACACCAUCGCAAAGUGCAUCGGUGCGGAGUACUGA